UUUAAAACGCACAUCGUUUUCGAUCUCUAAAUUUUAAGCAGAUUUAAAAAUAUAUAUUCGUUAUAUCGUUAUUAUAUUUGUCUUCAUUGUCUGUGUAUUUGUUCUGUUGUUGUAUAAAAUCAUUCAAACAGUUGCAAUUUAUAUUUAUCAAUGUAAAUGUCGAACUGUCGACAUCAUCAACAUAAACAGUGAUCAUAUAUGGCCUGUCAUCAAUAAUAUUAUUAUUAUUACUUUAAUUUGAUUUAAAUUGAUCAUUAUCAUCGUCAAAAUGAUAAAAGUUUAUUGUUUUGGUAAUACCGAAAAUGGUGAACUUGGCCUCGGUGCUAUUGAAGAUGAACAUAUUUUGACACCACGAAAACAACGUUUACCAUAUGAUCGACGUAAAUAUACUCUAGUACAAUUAAGUUCUGGUCGAAAUCAUACAUUGUUAUUGUUGAAAAAUAUUCAACUUGAUCAAAAUGUCGUUUUCAGUUGUGGUUCCAAUGAUCGACUACAAUUAGGUCGUAAUGGAUCAUGGAAAAAAUUAGAACAACUUGAUGGCCUUAUUCAUCAUAAUAUUGUUAAAAUAUCAUGUGGUUCGAAUCAUUGUCUUGUAUUAUCCGAAGCUGGUCAACUAUUUUCCUGGGGUUGUAAUCUUUUCGGUCAAUUAGGUUUAGGUAAUCGUGAGGAAUACGAAAUCGCUAAACCAUCAUUGAUUAAGAAAUUGGCUACCAAACAAAUCAUACAGAUCAGUUGCGGUGGUAAUCAUUGUCUUGCAUUAACAAAAAAUGGUGAAGUUUAUUCCUGGGGAUCGAAUGCAUUCGGUCAACUUGGUCUCGGUAAUUCGGGCUAUUGUCUUAGUAUGCCAAUGAUGUUGACAUCAUUACAAUGGACACCUGUACGACAGAUUACUGCCGGUGGUUCACAUUCAGCUAUAUUAUCCUGUACUGGUGCCAUUUAUGUUUGGGGCAAAAAUGAAUUCGGUCAAUUAGGCCUAAGUGAUGUUGAAAAUCGUUCUCUACCAACAUUGCAAAAAUCUCUUCGUAAUCAAAAAAUUGCUUAUAUUAAUCUUGGUGAUGAACAUUCGGCUGCAUUAACAUUUGAAGGUGGAUUAUUUACAUGGGGUGCCGGAAUGUAUGGACAAUUGGGACAUGGCCGUAAUACGAACGAAGUUCUUCCACGAAAAAUAUUCGAAUUAAUGGGUGUACGAAUCGUACAGGUUUCUUGUGGUCGUUGUCAUACAUUGGUUGUAAGCAAACAAGGACGUAUUUAUUCAUUUGGUUUAAAUGGAUCCGGUCAAUUAGGUAUCGGUAAUACAUGUUCAAAAUAUUUACCCGUAUCGAUACGUGGACCAUGGAGUGAAUUAAAUACUAAAGAUGUUAUUGUUCGUGAUAAUCAACGUUCAUUAUUAUUGUUCGAUGAAUCAGUGGAUGAGCAAGAAUUUCGUAAGACAUAUACUUCAUCGGCGAAUGAUCAAACAAUGGAUGGUAGUUCAUCAUCAUCAGCCAGUCAUCAAUCAUCCGAUUUGAUGAUGGAAAUAAAUGAAAUGGAAACCAUUGUCAGUGAAGAUGAAGAAAAGGACAUUCGUGAUAAUCAAAAUAACAAUGAUAAUUUCAUUAUUGAAGAACCUGAAGAAGACCGAUACAACAACUGUCAACAACAACAUCAACCAUGUUCACAGGCAAAAUUUAUAUGUGCAAAUGAUACUGUUUUUGAUGAAUCAAAUCUAUCAUUACAGAUUGAUGAAUAUGAAAGUGAUCCAGAUUCGGAUGAAGAAGAAGGACCUAAUCGUUUGCAAUAUAUUUGUAAAGAAAUUGUUGCUGGUAAAGGUGAUCAUAGUUUCGUCCUGACACAAUCAUAUAUGGAACAAAUUAUGCCGAAAGAUUCACGACGAUUAAGCGUUAAUGAUGAAAUUCUUAAGAUGAAAAAUCAAAUUUUCGAACAAUUUCCCAGCAUUUCAAAAGAAUCAUCAAUACCAUUAGAUAUUGUUGAUAAUAUUGAAACGAUUUUUUCAUCAUUUCCAUCAAUGAAUGCAAGUUUUUUGUGUUCACCAAGUAACGAUGACAAUGAUGGUAACAAUGCUAAUGAUAAUCGUAAUAAUCAUAAUGAUGAUGAACGAAAAAAAUUACAAAAAUUUAAACAACAAGAAAAUAUUCAUUUCGAAGAAUCGAUCAAUUUUUGUGAUGGUUGGAUCAAUUGGCAACAGGCUUUCCAUUGUUUCAAUAUGAUUGAAGAUGCACAAAAUGAACGUAUCGAUGAAUUGAUCUAUCAAUUGUUAUGUAAAAUAAUGCCUAAUAUGCCCGAUUUGACAAGUCUACAUAAACGUCGAUUAGAGUUAGAUGAUGAAAAGUAUAAGAAUGAAUUUCCUGAUAUACUCGAUGAAGAAGUGAUGCGUGUCUAUCAAAUAUUGCCAUUAUUUCAUAUGUUUCGUAUGCCAACAUAUUGUGAACGAUCACAGAAAUUGAUUACAGCUUAUGCAACAUCAUUAAAUACGUUAUCGGAACGUGGUAUUGGUUGUAUGAAAAUCCGAUGGUACUAUAUGAAUCGAAGAUUUUUCAAAAAUCUUAUUGAAAUUUUUAAGAAUAGUGUCAAACUUAAUCUAUAUGAACAAUAUAAAGAAAGUGAAAGGAAUUUAAACAAUGGUGAUCCGAAUAUACAGCUGGAAUAUAAUUCAGGUCAUGAUAUUUUCCAUCAAGCUUCGAAUUUCUUUAAUAAUUUAACAGUCCGAUCACCAGAUUCACCAUCAUCUUCAUCAACAAAACAUUUUUUCAUACCACGUAAAAUUCAUUUUAAUCUGGCCGUAUGUCUUUUUGCACUGAAACGUUUAUAUUCGGUGAACAAAUUUAGUGGAAAGAUUUCCCAUAAAGAAUUCUACAUUCAUGGUAUAAGCGAUUGGUUUGAUCUGAGAUAUGAUUAUUAUCUUUGGAAAAAUAAUCGUAUCAAAGAGCCGAAUGUAUUUUAUCUAUGCAAUUAUCCAUUCAUAUUUGAUCCACCGGCCAAGACAAUUAUUCUGAUUGCCGAUUCUGCUAUUCAACAAGAAUCGGCUGCAAAUCUAUCGAUUCGUAAGCAGAUACUUAUGUCGAUUCCGAUCGAUGGUACCAUACAGGUGAAUCCGUUCAUCGAUAUUAGUGUUCGUCGUGAUAAUAUAGUUGAAGAUACUAUUCAUCAGCUCUGCCUUUUCAGUAGAUAUGGCGAGGCAGACCUGAAAAAACCACUUCGUGUACUUUUCUCAGGUGAGGAAGCUAUUGAUGCCGGACGUGGAAUGAAAAAAGAAUUUUUCCUGCUGGUCAUGAAAGAAAUGUUGGAUCAAAAAUAUGGAAUGUUUGUUGAAUAUAAAGAAACGAAUACGAUUUGGUUUAAUCAUGUUAUGACCGAUGAAGACGAUGUUAUGUAUCGAUUAGUUGGAAUUCUUUGUGGCCUAGCCAUCUAUAAUCAGGUGAUAAUCGAUUUGCCUUUUCCAUUAACAUUGUAUAAAAAAAUUCUCAAUGAAAAUCUUGGACUCGAUGAUCUUGCCGAUUUGGAUCCGAUUUUGGCAAAAAACCUGAAAGAAAUACUCAUAUCCACUUAUAAACCAGACGAAUUUAAUGCUAUAUUUGGCGAUAUGACAUUUGUGAUUACAUUACAUACAUUUGGUUCACCCGUUGAAUAUGAACUUUGUCCAGAUGGUAAACAUCGACAAUUAACAUAUGAAAAUCGUGAAGAAUAUGUCGAAAUGUAUUGGAAAUAUUUAUUAAUUAAUUCGAUUGAAAAACAAUUCGAAUCAUUCUAUAAUGGUUUCAUGAAAGUUUUGGAUAAAGAUGUGUUACAAAUAUUUCAAGCCGAAGAAUUGAUGCAAUUAGUAGAAGGUGAAGAAUUGAUCGAUUGGAAUGAAUUUGAACGGGCAACUCAUUAUAAGGAACCAUUCAAUAGGGAUCAUCCAACUAUUCGGCUAUUCUGGAAAGUUUUUGGUUUGUUUUCCAAUGAUGAAAAACGGAAAUUUCUUAAGUUUUUGACCGGAUCUGAUCGUAUACCAAUAACUGGUGUUAAAUCAAUGGAUAUUGUUAUUCAACCAAUGAACGUAUCUGAUGAUCAUUUACCUGUGGCGCACACAUGUUUUAAUAUAUUGGAUCUUCCACUUCAUUAUGAAUCGGAAAAUUGUGAAGAAUUAAUGAGAAACAAUAUAUUGAAAGCUUGUGAAUAUUGUAUUGAAUUUGCCUUGGUCUAAAUAUUUUUAUUUAUCUAAAACAAGUUCAAAAACUAUAAAAAUAAAAUUCAUAUUGUUGUUGUUGUUGUCUCAU